AUGGAAAGCUUGAUCGCGAAGAUACAGCAGGAGGCUGCCUCAACCAAUUAUGUCGAGCGUAAAAAGCUCCUUGACACCUUGCGAGACCUGCAGUACAGUAUCGAGGCCCCCGAGGAUGCUAUGCAAAGAGUGAUACACAUGAACCUCCACUUUGCUUCAAUCCGCACUGCCCUUGACUUGAACCUUUUCAAUGAUAUUAUUGACAGCGCAGAGCCCUUGACUGUUGAUCACUUAGCAGCAAAGCACUCUGCAGACCCUUUGCUACUCGGCAAGUACCGAUAUUUCAUUCGUAUCCUACGCUAUCUGGCGUCACUUGGUGUGAUUAAAGAGACCGGCAGAGACACUUUUACUUCGACACCAUACACAUACAAUCUCGCAAAACCCGAGAUUCAGGCCGGAUUGUACGUCUACUUCGACAUGUGCAAUCAAACAUUUGCGGAAAUGCCUCGUUACCUCAAGGAAACUGGUUACAAGAACCCUACAAGUUUCACAGACGGCAUUUUCCAAAGAGCUUACAAAACUGACUUGCACACAUUUGCCUGGGUUCAUGGCGAUCCUGUGCGGAGUGCUCAUUUCAAUCACUUCAUGAAAGCACAACGCGGGUCCCAAGCCAAAUGCUUCGGUUUUUACCCCUUCGAUGAGGAAAGUAAAGGCUGGCCAUCAGAGAAGCCUCUGUUCGUGGAUGUUGGUGGCGGCGCCGGGUAUCAAACUGCCGCCUUCAAGGAGCAAUUUCCGAACCUACCUGGCCGUGUGGUUUUGCAAGAUCUGCCGAAGCCGGUCGAAGACGCAAAAUUGGUGGUUCCAGAGGAUGUCGAGCGAAUGGUCCACAACUUCUUCGAACCCCAGCCUAUAGAAGGUGCCAAGUACUACUAUUUGCGAAUGAUAUUGCACGACCAUACAGACGAAAAUAGCAUAAAGAUUCUGAGUAAUCUGGUACCGGCUAUGGACAAGAAUUCUCUUAUUUUACUCGAUGAAAUGGUUCUGCCCUCUGAGCACGUGGAUGAGGCGUCUACGCAAAUGGAUCUGACUAUGAUGACGUUCCACAGCUCGAUGGAGCGAUCGGAGGAACAAUGGGCGAAGCUUGCAGCAGCUGUUGGAUUGAAGAUCAAGAAAGUGGUAAUGUAUGCACCAGGCUUCAAUCUGGGAGUUGUUGCAUGUGGACUCUGA